AUGUCCUAUACUUUUAUCUUAGCCUCCAAAUCUGAGGAGCCAAGCAAGGCGUUGGACGACCUCUUCAAGAAGACCACCGCUGCCCCCUGCAUUUACUGGCUACCCCUUUCUGACGAGGAGGUGAGUUGA